UCUCUCUACUUAUCUCCUCUUCUUCGCCACCCUUCUCUCUCCCAUCUCUCUCUCUCUCUCUCAUUUCUCUCUAGGGUUUCUCUCUCAAUCAUUUUACAAUGGCCGGAACAGGCGUCGUAGCAGUGUACGGGAACGGCGCAAUCACGGAGACAAAACAAUCCCCGUUCUCCGUCAAAGUCGGGCUGGCGCAGAUGCUCCGCGGCGGCGUCAUCAUGGACGUCGUCAACGCCGAGCAAGCCCGCAUCGCCGAGGAGGCCGGCGCGUGCGCCGUCAUGGCCCUGGAGCGCGUCCCCGCCGACAUCCGGUCCCAAGGCGGCGUCGCGAGAAUGUCGGAUCCCCAGCUCAUCAAGGAAAUCAAACAGGCCGUGACGAUCCCCGUGAUGGCGAAAGCUCGUAUCGGCCAUUUCGUCGAGGCCCAGAUCCUCGAAGCCAUCGGCAUUGACUACGUCGACGAGAGCGAGGUCUUGACUCUCGCCGACGACGAGAACCACAUCAACAAACACAAUUUUAGGGUUCCGUUCGUCUGCGGCUGCCGGAACCUCGGCGAGGCCCUCCGCCGCAUCCGCGAAGGCGCGGCGAUGAUCCGCACCAAAGGCGAAGCCGGUACCGGAAACAUCAUCGAAGCCGUGAGGCAUGUCAGGUCAGUGAUGGGUGAUAUUAGGGUUUUACGCAACAUGGAUGACGACGAAGUGUUCACGUUCGCGAAGAAGCUCGCGGCGCCGUACGAUCUGGUGAUGCAGACGAAGCAGCUGGGGAGGCUGCCGGUGGUGCAAUUCGCCGCCGGGGGAGUGGCGACGCCGGCCGACGCGGCGUUGAUGAUGCAGAUGGGCUGCGACGGCGUGUUUGUGGGGUCGGGGGUUUUCAAGAGCGGCGAUCCGGUGAAGAGGGGGCGUGCGAUUGUGCAGGCGGUAACGCAUUACAGUGACCCGCAACUGCUGGCGGAGAUAAGCUGUGGAUUGGGGGAGGCUAUGGUGGGGUUGAACUUGGAUAAGAAUGUGGAGAGGUAUGCGAACCGGUCGGAAUGAAUGGUGGAGAUGGAAUGAUUGUAACGUGUUUGAUGAAAUGUUGAUGGUGUAGAAUCCAUCGGACUAGUGUUUUAUUAUACUUUGUUUUUAAUCAAGUGAUGUGGUGACAGUUUAUUUGCUUGAAUGAAAUGAAACUAUGAAAGCAGGGGUGUUUGAAUGUUUUAGACAAUAAUAAUCAUUGCUUAUAAGUUGGUUUGA